GGCGGCGGUGACAAGAUGGCGGCGCAACAGCAGUGUCGGGAGGGCGUUACGCCGUUGGCGCGGCCGGCCGCGGCGGAGGCGGACCCCCUGGGCCGCUUCACGUGUCCCGUGUGCCUGGAGGUGUACGACAAGCCGGUGCAGGUGCCCUGCGGACACGUCUUUUGCUCUGCAUGCCUGCAGGAAUGUCUGAAGCCGAAGAAACCUCUCUGUGGCGUGUGUCGCAGCGCUCUGGCACCUGGCGUCCGAGCUGUGGAGCUCGAGCGGCAGAUCGAGAGCACAGAGACUUCUUGCCAUGGCUGCCGUAAGAAUUUCUUCCUGUCUAAAAUCCGGGCCCAUGUGGCUGCCUGCUCCAAGUACCAGAAUUACAUCAUGGAAGGCGUGAAGGCCACCACGAAGGAUGCGUCCCUUCAGCCCAGGAACGUUCCGAACCGUUACACCUUUCCCUGUCCUUACUGCCCCGAGAGGAACUUUGACCAGGAAGGGCUCGUGGAGCACUGCAGGUUAUUCCACAGCGCGGACACCAAGCCUGUGGUGUGCCCGAUAUGUGCCUCGAUGCCCUGGGGAGACCCCAGCUACCGCAGCGCCAACUUCAUACAGCACAUCCAGCGCCGGCACCAGUUUUCUUACGACACGUUUGUGGACUACGAGGUGGAUGAAGAGGACAUGAUGAACCAGGUCUUGCAGCGCUCCCUCGUGGAUCAGUAGCAGGUCCUUGCUGUCCGUCUCGUGUUCUAGAGCUUCCACGGCGUGCUGAGCGUGAGACCUCCGACUCCUGUCCCUCCCCUGUGACACCCCUGCAGCGCCAGCGCUGGCGGAGGCGGCCCCCGCGCAGGCGUCUCCCGCAGCCAGCCCCCUUGUCACGUGGCCUCGUCUCACUGCUCCUCAGCUCCUUCCUGGAGCGGUGCCUCCUCCUCUGCACAAUAAUCCAGCUUUUACCUCCACCUGGCCUUGCUUCCCGUUUGUUCUCCGCUGGUCAGCGCUCAGGUCCUCCCCGCCAGCCAGGACCUUUUCUGGGUCACGAAUAGCACAACGAAGCGAGGGUCCCCGGCUCCCCCUUGGGUGCGGGAACCUGGCCACGGCGCGGUGUGGGACAGGGAGCAGCCCC